GGCAUUUACGCUGACAAUAUGUCAGAAACAUACGAUUUCCUCUUUAAAUUUCUGGUGAUUGGAAGUGCAGGAGCUGGAAAAUCAUGUAUUCUGCAUCAAUUUAUAGAAAACAAAUUUAAACAAGAUUCAAACCACACAAUAGGUGUAGAAUUUGGGAGUAAGGUUGUUAAUGUUGGAGGGAAAUCUGUCAAACUGCAGAUCUGGGACACAGCUGGCCAGGAGAGGUUCAGAUCUGUAACCCGCAGUUACUACAGAGGAGCAGCAGGUGCCCUGCUUGUCUAUGACAUCACAAGUCGUGAAACCUACAAUGCCUUGACAAACUGGUUAACCGAUGCAAGAACUUUAGCAAGUCCAAAUAUUGUGAUAAUCUUGGUGGGAAAUAAAAAGGAUUUGGAAGCUGAACGUGAAGUGACAUUUCUAGAAGCUAGCAGAUUUGCUCAGGAAAAUGAUCUCAUGUUUCUUGAAACAAGUGCCCUGACUGGAGAAAAUAUUGAAGAGACGUUUUUGAAAUGUGCUAGAUCUAUAUUAACUAAAAUUGAAUCAGGUGAACUUGAUCCAGAGAGGAUGGGGUCUGGCAUUCAGUAUGGUGACACCUCAUUGCGUCGUUUACAGAAGGAGCAGCUACAGCAAAAAAAGCCAGACUGUGGUUGCUGAUUAAAAGUAUACAAGUGCAGAACAUUCAUCAUGUUUCAUGGUGUAUCAUUGACAUGCAAGGCAGGCAACCCGAGACAAGAGGAAUUAACUCAAGUAAAGGGACACCACUCAUGUCGGCAUUAAUGACGGAGAAUGUUAACAAGCAGCUUUUGUUGGUAACCAUUUAGUUGGAAUGUAAGAUGCUCAGUAAUGCACCUCCUGAAUUUCAUGCCAUGCAUAUAUAUAUGUGUGCACCUCAGUGUAGACACUUCCCUGUACGCUGUCUAGGACUAUCAAUGUAGAGUAUGGCUAAUGACUCUUCACCUGCCCUCUGUAAGCUAAGUGCAAUGUUUGAGAUAAGUUGUAUGAAAAGUGCUGUGUAAAACACAUAUGUACUAUUGAUGUUAUGCUGCGGAUUUGCAAAACAAAUAAUAUAUAGACCUAUUCUUUAUCUGGCAUACAAAUGAGAAAUUUGUUGGGUUUUAAGUUAAUUUGUGUUUGUUUAAAAUCCCUUUCAAAGGGACAUGUUUCCUCCAUCAGACUAAUGUAUACACAUACAGACUACCAUAAAAUAUGUGUAGUGUUUACAUUCAGUGUAUAAUUAAAGCGUUAAAAAAGGUUUCUUUCAGAGAUAAAAAUUAAUUCAAUUUUUAACUGCCAUGUAAUGCACAAUAUUUUGGUAUUGAUUUGAUAAACAAAAAAAAUCUCCAUAAAGAAAAACAUCAUGGAGAUUUUACUAUUGAAAUGAAGAAGGCAAAGAGAUGUGAAGGAAGAAACAAAAAUAUGAACAUCCAUCUCUCAAGUACUCCUUCAUUCAUGCUGGAAAUAUUUCAGUUAAUAAGACAUUUUUUUAUCCUUUGUAGUUGGAUUGAGAUGGAGCUUCUCAAUAUUUUAUUCAACUACAGUUUCUCCGUCUUGUGAUCAAGUAAAGUAAAGUGUAUUAUAAUCUUAUGCUGUCACAAGAAAUUUUUAAUUUGAUUAAUAAAAUGAUACCCUAAUUACCUGAUAUUAAUUAUUAAAGUUGAA